AUGUCAACACCAGCAUCGUCAACUAGUAGUGGCUCGUCGACAACAUUUUCAUUGUCGUCCUUACCACGUGACUAUGACAUGCCACCUCCACAACCACCACCACCAUCAUCAUCAUCGUCUUCUUUUUUCUUUUUUCCUUCAUCUGAAUACAUUGACGAACAAUCUACAAGAGAACGAGAAGAAAACAAUUCAUUACCGCCACCACCACCACCACUACCGCCACCACUUUACAACUACCAUCAUCAUCAUUCUUAUCCUCACCUUUAUUCUCCUAUAUUUCCCUCACGUGUCAAUGUAUCCGACACAUGUUCAUGUAAUACCAACAAUAAUUAUUCAUCUCAAAUACCAUCAUAUGAUGUAUCUUCAUCAUUUCAAUCUCCAUUUUUAUAUGAACAAUAUUUGACAUCAUUAAAAAGUGAACAAUCAGAACAUUUACCAUAUUUAUUUGAUAAUAUUAUAUAUCCACAACCAUGUUCACCACCAUCACCAACAAAUGAUUCUAUAACAUAUUAUCAACUUGAUCAUGCUAAUACAACAACAAUAAUAAAUAAAUUUCCACAACAUUCACAUAUACCAACAAUUCAACCAAUUAUUUAUCAACAAUUAUCACUUGUUGAACCACCAUCAUCAAAUAUUCAACAAAAAUUACCUAUUGUUAAACGUUAUUAUUAUGAUUCAAAUAUGUCAAAUACAACAACAACAACUAUUAUGACGACAACACCUAUAAUAACAAAUACUAAUGAAAAUGAUCAUUUAAAUUUACCUUAUGCUCGUCUUGAUUCAACUUAUUUUGGUACAUAUGAUAUUUGGCAAGAAAGAACAGUUAUCGGAAGAAAAAGUAAUCGACGCAAAGUCGACGUUAAUAUGGGUUCAACUUCAGUUGUUUCUCGUAUUCAUUUUGAAUUAUUACUUGUUAAUGGUAUUGAAUUUCAUUUGAAAUGUCUGAGUAAAAAUGGAAUCUUUAUUAAUAAUAACUAUGAAAAAAUGUCUUCAACAACUAUUUUACCUAAACAAUGUGCCAUUCGUUUUCCAAGUACAGAUUUAUGUAUCUCAUUUUCAUCAUUACUUAAUAAUAAUAAUUCAAUAAAUCGAAUAUCAGGUGAAAAUAUUUCACGUCAUAUAUCAAAUGAUACAUCACAACAUCAACGACGUUUAUCAUCAUCAUCAUCAUCAAUGCCAAUUGAUAUAACAUCUUCAGUAUCUCUUCAAUCAGUUCCAAAUAUAACAUCACAACAACAAAUUAUCUUUGCUGAUGUUAAUCAACAAACUCAACAAAUAUUUAAUCAUGAAUCAAAUAAUAGUCUUCCACCAUUAACUAUUAAUAUACCAAAUUCAUCAUCAUCAUCAUCAUCAUCAACUGGUUCAUCACUUUCAGCUGGUAGUAGUACUGGACAAAUAAAAUUUCAAUAUGAAAGUCCAACAGCAAAUAAUAAUUCUUUUCUAGGUUCAUCUAUUUCGUCUUGUUCGACAAGUCCAAAAAAUGAACCAAAUGAAAAUCAACCGAUAAUUAGUUCUCCAAUAAUUCAACGUAUUUCAUCAACUAGUAUUGAUAAUAUUCAACAAGAACAUGAUAAUAAUAAUUCGAAGACGACUACUAAACCACCAUUUUCAUAUGCUCAAUUAAUAGUUCAAGCUAUUUUAUCGGCAUCUGAUAAACAAAUGACAUUAAGUCAAAUAUAUAAUUUUAUAUCAGCGCAAUAUCCAUAUUAUGCAGCAAAUACUCGUGGUUGGCAAAAUUCAAUACGACAUAAUCUUAGUUUAAAUCGUUAUUUUAUUCGUCUUGCACGUAAAGAAAAUGAUUCUGGUAAAGGAAGUUUUUGGCGUUUAGAUCAAACAUGUGAAGAAAAAUUAAUUGAUCAUGCAUUUCGACAUCGAAAACAACGUGGAAAUUCAACGAAUACUUCAAUUAAUUCAAAUAUUAAAAAUGAAUCUGAAGAAAUUCAUUCUCCAAAUACACAAUAUUGUAAUGAUCCAACAGAUUUUUUAUUAGCUGAUAUUCAUACAAGUAAUCCAUCGACACCAUUAUCACCAAUGACAAGUCCAUUGACAGCAGUUAUGUCACCUAUUCAACAAGGUGAAGAUUAUAAACGAAAACGAAAUAACAACGAUGAUGAUGAUGAUUUAAUUGAUCAUGAAAUAGAAGAAUUAUUAUAUUCUCUUAUGGAAUCUAUUGAUAAUAAUAUAACGUUAUUAUUCGAUAAAACAAUUAAACGUCAGAAAACAUAA